AUGAAGUUCGUCCAGAUCCUCGCUGCCGCCGGCUUUGCCGCUGCUCUUCCCACUGCCCCGGAAACCGAGGGAGAGAUCUUCGCCCGCCAGUGGACCUCCAGCAGUACCCGCAACGAGCUUACGAGCGGUAGCUCGUCGGCAUGCCCCAAGGUCAUAUUCAUCUUUGCCCGCGCCUCGACCGAGAGCGGCAACAUGGUACCUGACGUUUCCCAACAGGGCUCGAGCACCGGCCCCGCGGUAGCUCGUGAGCUCUCGGACGAGUAUCCCAGGAACCUGUGGGUACAGGGUGUGGGCGGGCCAUACACGGCGGGCCUGGCGGACAACGCGCUCCCGCAGGGCACGACGCAGGCCGCCAUCGACGAGGCCAAGAGGAUGUUCACCAUGGCCAACACAAAGUGCCCCAACGCGGCCGUCGUCGCCGGCGGCUACAGCCAGGGCACGGCCGUCAUGGCCGCCGCCAUCAGCGGGCUGUCGUCCACCAUCCAGAACCAGAUCAAGGGUGUCGUCCUGUUUGGAUAUACUCGGAAUAAACAGAAUGGCGGCAAGAUCCCCAACUUCCCCGCCGACAAGGUCAAGGUCUUCUGCAACACGGGCGAUCUGGUCUGCGACGGCACGCUCACCGUCACAUACGCCCACUUUGGCUACGGGCCGGCCGCCUCCGGAGAGGCUCCCCGGUUCCUCAUCCAGAAGAUUAACAACGCUUGA